CUUUUAUUCGCAGCAAACAAUGGCGGAGAAAAGCAAAGGCGUAGGGUUUUCUGAGGGCGAUGCUUCAGACAGUGAUCCAGACAGAACCGAACUUAGUUUUGUUUUAGAAAAACUUAGCCUUGGAUCCGCGAAGAAGAAGAAGUUGUUGAUCCUAAGCCUUGGUGGUGUUCUUGUCCGUAGAUUUCAUGUAGCAGACAAGUGGAAACUCCCGAAGAAUCGUUCGCCUCAUGCCACUUACGGAUUAUAUUACGUGUACAAGAGACCCUUCUGCGAGGAGUUCUUGAGAUUCUGUCUUGACAGAUUCGAAGUUGGGAUCUGGUCCUCUGCUAUGGAGAGAAAUGUGGAUGUUGUUCUGAACAUUAUAAUGAAGGGCUUGAAAGGAAAGCUCCUCUUUGUCAUGGAUCAAAACGAUUGCACCGAUAGUGGGUUCAUGUCUCUAGAGAAGAAGACCAAGCCACUGUUCUUCAAGGAUCUAUCCAAAGUGUUUCAGAAGGUCAAUUCUGAAACCGAUGAACCUCCUCAGUUCUCGUAUACGAACACUCUACUGAUGGACGACAAUCCCUACAAAGCUUUUCUCAAUCCUUAUAACACUAGUAUAUUCACGGUGACGUAUGAUCCUAAAGAUGCGGAAGAUAACUUGCUCGAUCCCAAAGGAGAGUUGUGUUCGUAUUUGGAUGAACUGGCGGAUGCUUCGGAUGUUCAGGAAUAUGUUAAAGAGCAUCCUUUUGGUCAGCCUAAGAUCGGUCCUUCUCACCCGGAUUGGCAUUUCUACAAAAAAGUUGCAGCUUUUGUCAAGAAAACUUCUCAGAAUCAUGGUAUUUAAGCAGGUGGAUGUAGUUUGAUGUUCCCUUCUAAUGAACUGGUUGUGUGUCUGUGAAUAGAGUUUGGUAACACCAGUGCAAGAGCAAGAACAAGAACUGCAGGUACCUGUAUGAACAAGAACCAUUGGUGAUGAAACUACUAUUGUUUGGUGUCAAUGAGAGUCCUAGACGAUGUUCUUGAUGUUCUUUUCAAUCCUUUCAAAUCCAUGUUUUUUUU